AAAAGAAAUGAGCAGGGUACUGUUAUGCCCAUCUUCUAUGGUAUAGAUCCAUCGGCUGUACGGAAACAGGAGGGUAGCUAUGGAGUUGCAUUUCAAGAAUUGGAAAAACGUUUUGAGGAUAGAAUGGAGAAGGUGAAACUAUGGAGGGCUGCUUUAACAGAAGCAUCCAAUCUAUGUGGCUUGGAUUCAAAGGAUUUCAGGGAACUGCAAUGGUUGAAGGCAUAUCGCUCAACAUGUGUAGAAUGAACAGAGAUGUGAAAGUUCAUCGUGCCGCCUUUUCUAUGAUGUACAAUCUACGAAUUUUCAAAAUCUUUGUUUGCCAUAAUAUGGAUGAGAAUAAGUGGUACAUUUGUGACUGUAAAGACAAGAAUAAGUUCAAACUAUACCUUCCUCAAGGUCUUGAUUCUUAUCUUUCUGAUAAGCUAAAUUAUUUUCAAUGGGAUCUAUACCCUUUGAGAUCGUUGCCAUCACAUGUCAGCUUGGAGAAUCUUGUUGAACUGAUUCUACGUGGCAGCCGUCUUCAAAGACUUUGGAAUCAUGGAGUUCAGUCUCUACUGGUAUUAAGAAGGAUCGACCUUAGUUAUUCCAAGAUGCUUAAUGAAAUACCAGAUAUGUCUCUUGCUCCAAAUCUGGAAAGCAUAAAUUUUGAAGGCUGUACAAGUUUGGUUAAGGUUCUUUCAUCUGUUGAAAAUCUGCACAGGCUUACUUAUCUAAAUUUGAAUAGUUGCUCCAAACUAAGAGAUCUGAAAGAGAUAUCAAGGAACACAUGGUAUUGGGAUAUUGUAAACUUUAUAAACAACUUACCUCUCUACUCAUCUCAGGCCCACAUUUAUCAGACGUUUCCAGUGAACUUAACAGACUUACAUUUGGAUUGGACAGCAAUAGAAGAAGUGCCCCCAUCAAUUUGGCAUCUCUCUAGUCUUGUUCGAUUGGAUUUGAAUUAUUGCUCUGGACUUGAAAGUAUUUCUACCAGCAUCUGUAAGUUGAUAUCUCUUGAAUCUCUAAGAUUGUGUGGUUGUGUAAAACUGUUUAAGUUUCCGGAAAUCUUAGAGCCUAUGGAACAUCUUACAUAUCUUGAAUUAGGUCACUCACCGAUUCAAGAGUUACCAGAGUCAAUUAAAAAUCUAGUUUCUCUCAGAAGAUUAUGUAUCUUUAGCUGUAAAAACAUUGAGUUUCUCCCCACCAGCCUGUGUAAUUUAAGAAAACUUGAGCAUAUAGACAUCCAGAGGUGCUCAAACCUUAAAAAGUUGCCUCCCCUUCCAAAUGCUUUACUCAGUUUGUUGUUAGACCAUAAUGAAAGGCUGAAAUCAUUACCUGAGCUUCCAUCAUCAUGUUUUUGUCUAUCUGCAAUAUGCUGCACGUCACUAGAGACCAUAUCAAAUUGGAAGGCUCCAUUAUUACACCAUCUAAGUAGCAAUCAUAUUCGAGGGCAAAUCAACUUUUAUGGUUGUGAAAAAUUGGAUCAGAAUACACGCAACAUCAUACUGGCUGGCCGUGGAAUAUUUCAAAUUCUGUCUGGUUUAAAAUUUGGAAGAAUGUGUGACGAUUUUGAAUUUUGUUAUCCUGACGAUGCAAUUCCAAAGUGGUUCAGCUACCAAAGUGGCAGUACCUCAAUGAAUAUUAGGCUUCCUCCAUAUUGGAAUAAUGACAACUUCUUGGGUUUGGCUUUCUGUGUUGUUAUUUACCAGCAUAAAAUUAUCGACCAUCCUCUGUUUCUCGGAAUUGGUUGUAAACUCAAUUUCAAAACCAUCCCUGAUAGUCUUCUGUGUGAGCAUGUUUCUUUUAUGCGUCUUGGGGGCGACGACGAUAGUUCAGAUCACGUGGUCAUGUGGUAUGUCGAAGAACUGACUUUGCAAAAUUCAGGACUAAGUUGGCGCUCAAAUUGUUGCACCAUGGCCUGUUUACAUUUGUCGCUUGAAUGUGGAUACUGUCAUGAUGUUGAUGAGGAUGUUAACGUCAAUUACAAUGCUGAUACCUACAUAGAUGGAAAUGAAUAUGGGGAGAUUAAGAAAUUUGGGGUUUGGUUUGUAUACAAGGAAGAUAUAGAGAGAUUUGAUGUAGAUACUAAAAGUAAAAAUAAGAGACGCUUUGACGAAUGUUGCGAAACCAGUGGAAGUGAAGGCUCUCAUGGUAUAGAAAAUGAUGUAUUGCAUUCGAAGAAACUCAAGGUUAUGUCACUUAUAUGACUGUUAAGAGAUUAUAGAGCAAUUGAAUGUUGAGGAGCCCAAAAAAUAAAAAAAUAAAAAUUCUGUGCUACAACUAAACUAAGAAGCAGGCUUUGAUCAUGAAUUGAGAUUAUGUAGCCAGUUUCUCGGUGAUCUGUGACCACUUAGGUAAGUCAAUUGAAAGUCUUUUUUUUUUUUUUUUGCUGCAAUUUAAUUUGUACAAAGUUGAGGUACACUGUUCACAACAUCUAUUCAGUAGUAUUUUAAUUAUAUUAAUUUAUAACCAGGUUUACAAA